GAGGCGGACCGCCGGGGCGCGGGCUGCUGCGCUGCUCCUCCCGCCGCGCAGUGCCGGCGGGGCAGCGGGGCAGGACCCGCCGCCGAGCAUCCUCCGGCCGCGGAGCCUCGCUGCGCUCCCCGCUGGGGCAGCAGGCGGUGGCAGGUGUCCCAGGCCGGGCAGCUCGGGACCUUCCGGAGCUCGGGCUUAGCGGAUUCCUCCCUCCCGGCUCCCGUCCAUCAAGUCGGGGCUCGGGGGCGGCCGGUGGCGGCGGACCCGUCGGUCCCCUGCUUGCCCCCGCGCCACCGCCACUGCGGGAGCGACGGGGAGACGCAACAGCCCGGGCGAGCCGCGGGAGGAGAUUAUGGCGACGUGACUGGGAAGCGGAGCCCCUGGCCGGAGCCCCUUCCGUACCCCUGCGGAGUGGAGAGCGCGGAGCCGCCGAUCGCCGGCAGCCUCCAGGGCCCGCGGCGGAGCGGAGCGGCCUCCAGCCCUGCCCAGCUCAACUCAACUUUCUCUACUUCGGAGGCUCUUUCUUUUCCUUUUGUCGAUAAAGAUGAGAAAAAAGUGGAUAUUGGAGGACUUUCAUUUUAUCUUUUUUGGUGUGCUCUGUCUCCUUUUCAUAGAUGGAGGUAAACUAGAACAAGUAAAACAUUCAGAUACGUACUGUGUGUUUCAAGAUAAGAAGUAUCGUGUAGGAGAAAGAUGGCAUCCUUAUCUAGAACCCUAUGGCCUUGUUUACUGCGUUAAUUGUCUUUGCUCAGAGAAUGGAAAUGUACUGUGCAGCAGAAUAAGAUGCCCAAGUCUACACUGUCCUUCCCCUGUGCAUGUACCACAGCUGUGCUGCCCGCGAUGCCCAGAGGACUCCCUUUUCUCAGUAAGCAGCAAAAUCACCGGGAAAUCCUGUGAAUACAAUGGCACCACCUACCAUCAUGGAGAAAUGUUUGUGGCAGAGGGUCUUUUCCAAAACAGGCAAGCAAACCAGUGUGCCCAGUGCAGCUGCUCAGAAGGAAAUGUGUACUGUGGGCUGAAGACUUGUCCCAAAUUAACUUGCUCUUUCCCAGUUUCUGUUCCGGAGUCCUGCUGUCCAGUUUGCAGAGGAGAUGGAGAAUUAUCAUGGGAACAUUCUGAUGGAGAUAUCUUCCGGCAGCCAGCCAACAGGGAAGCCAGACACUCAUACCAUCGCUCCCACUAUGACCUGUCACCCAGCUCGGCGAGGCAGGUAGUCAACAUUCCACGAUUUCCCAAUGCCAGGAGUAACCGUGGAGUCCUACCGGAUCCCCAGCAAGCUUCAGGAACAAUUGUACAAAUCGUCAUCAACAACAAGCAUAAGCACGGACGAGUUUGUGUCUCAAAUGGCAAAACAUACUCACAUGGUGAAUCUUGGCAUCCUAAUCUCCGGGCCUUUGGAAUCGUAGAGUGUGUAUUGUGCACCUGCAACAUCACCAAACAAGAAUGUAAGAAAAUUCAUUGUCCAGAACAAUAUCCCUGCAAAUACCCUCAGAAAGUAGAAGGAAAAUGCUGUAAAGUCUGUCCAGAAGAAGUGCCAAGUCAAGCCUUUGACAACAAAGAUUACUUCUGUGGGAAAGAGACAUUUCCCGUCUAUGAAUCCAUUUUCACAGAGGAAGGAGAAACCAUCAGAAAAAUCGCGGUAGAGACUGAAAAGCCACCUCAAAUAGAAAUACAUGUGUGGACAAUUAGAAAAGGGAUUCUGCGUCACUUCUAUAUUGAAAAACUGUCCAAGAGAGAAUUUGAAGAACUUCCUUACUUCAAGCAGAUAACAAGGACAACACCUAGCCAGUGGAAAAUAUUUAGCGAGGGAGAAGCUCAGAUCAGCCAAAUGUGUGAAAGCAGAGUGUGCAGGACUGAGCUCGAGGAUUUGGUAAAGGUUUUGUACCUUGAAAAGUCUGAAAAGGGUCACUGUUAAGGGAGACAGCACUGGAGGGAAAAACACAAGAAAACUUAUGAAAACUUGGAUCUGCAGCUGGACUGCAGGCUUAUUUUGCUUAAGUCAACAGUUGCCCUAAAAACCAAAACUAUAAUGCAGUAAUUAUUCACAUCAUGCACAGCAAAUUUGCUGCUUUAUGUGUAGUGGUCUGUGUCAACCGUUCAAAUAUCUCCUCCAAAAGACUAGGAGGCUCUGUAUUACUGGUGGGGGAAGGAGAAAGAAAGACUGUACUUUCAUUUCUUUACAAGUUAAAAAGAGAAAACAGAACAUUUUUAUUAUUAUUAUUUGGCAAGUUAUUCAAACUAAUGAAAAGAAGGACACCUAAUAAAUGUGCAGGAGCUAUGGAGAGCAUUAUUUCCUGUGCUGAAUUUAUACCAUUUCUGGUGUUGAAAUGACUCAUGGAUUUUUUUUAGUAGUGGAGGAAAAAUACAAGUGAUACAAUACUUAUAUUGGAGACAUAAAAACCAUUUUUAAACUAACAAACUGUUAAGCAGCCUGCCUUUGGGAUGAUGUCUUGUAGUUAAGCAAACUGAGUCCAUAAACUGAACAGCAGGUGUUAGUGGCAAUCACUGUAUUUUUGUAGCAAUUUGAGCAAAUGUUCGCUUUUAAGUGGUUUUCACUGUUUCCUCCAUCCACUUCUCUAAAAAAUGUGAAGUGUUAGCUCCCUAUCACAGCGCCAAUAACUUCAUUCUUCUGGGUCCUAUUAACACAUGUUCUUGGCUGAUAAACUGCCUUCUAAAGUGAUGUGGCAGAAGGUGGUGAAGUACUUGUAGUACUUUCAAAACACCUAGAGGGUUAAACCUUCCGAUUAGUAACUCCUUAAAAGUUGUGACAGUACUUAAUUUAUUUGUUCUGAUUUCUAACAAACCUCAUCUGCAUUUCUCUGAGGGUGACCUCUCGGUUCUCACACUUCAAGACAGUUCUCUCCCAUGACAAACACUGAACAGCUACAGCAGGCCUUGAGAACACACCAGCUCUGUGAAAACUGUUCUUUGUGAAAAACAAAUCUGAGAGAUUCUGCUAAAUUUAGUAUAGCCUGUCUACAGGUGUUUAAGAAAGGUGGCUCUCAUCUGCAGGAAAAGUAUAAGUAUACUUUAAAAAAUGUUUUCUCUGAAGAGUCACCAAAAUACUGCACUGCCUCUGUGGCUGUGAUGUUGGAUUAAAUCCCAAGAAGCAAGUGACUCUGCCUGCUUUUGCUCCCAUUUUCUACUCCACAAGCAGACAGGAAUACUGCUGUUCAAACACAGGCUAGGAAACAAAGCUUUAUGGAAAUGGCCUGAGCCAGGGGCUGGGUUUUCACGGGGAGUGAAAUCAACAGUGACAGCAAGGAUUUUGGGGUUUGUCACCCUGCCAGUGACAGCACUGCAGGGCGUCCCCAUUUCUAAAGGGAUGAAGGUGUGGGACAGCUCAAUGCUGAAUGCCCGUUUCAGGCAGAGCUUCACCAUCCUGGGGGGAACCUUGUCUUGAGCAGCAACCCCUGGCAGCCCCCCUCUGCAGCGCAGGCCCCAGGGCCAGCCUCCUCCCUGCUGCUCAGGCCCUGCCUGCGUGCUGCAAGGCCCAGGCCUGCAACAGGGCCCCUCAGCAAGGAGGAGCGAGCGAGGAGGAACAGGCAUGAAGGUGCAGGAAAGACCGAGGGGAAUUAGAAGAAUACAUACAGGGUGCUCUCAGGUCCUCAGCGAUCCUGCCUGUAUAUAAUGACCCUGCUGUCCCAAGGCCUGGACAGAGAGCAGAUAAUGUUUAGGAAUGCUUCCCUCUCUACCAAGCACUCAACAUGGACCACUGUCUAACAGGAAAACACACUAAAAAGGGAGCUCCUCCAGCAGCUGCUGGAUUUGCAAGAACAAAGUACUCUCACCUGGUAUCAGUAAGAGCCACGGGAGUCUCUUUCCAAGCCUCCACGGCCACAGGGAAAUCCUCUGUGGGCCCCCCACGGCUGCAGCUCCUGUCAGGCGAGCCAGCCCCCCAGGGUCCCCCCAUGGCGGCAAGGGGGUCCCCGCUCCCCAGCCCGGGGUGCGGCGGGGCCGUUCCUCACAGGUUUCCCCUCAGCCCCGGGUGCCCUUCCCUCAGCACCUUCCCCGAGGCACCGCCAGCCCGGCGGGGCUCGGCUGUGCCCGGCGCUGGGGCUGCUGGAACCGGCUGGAACCGGCUGUGCCUGGCAUGGGGCAGCCCCUCCGCUCCCCUCAGAGGGGCCCGGCGUCUGACAGCGCUGACACCACACUAUAGCACAGCGCCUUAACCAGCACCGGGCCGUUACAAGUCCUGUGUCACUGUUCCUUAACAGCCGAGCUGAGCGAACUGUCCCAGCACCUUGCCAGGGCCCUGGCCUGCCCUGUGCGUGGCAGGGCUGCAGCUGCCCGGCCUGGGGCCCCAAGGCCUCGUGGCCCUACAAGUUACUGCCGCGUGUCCUUGCACGCCACAGUUUGGCAUCGGUGACACCCACGGCAUGUGGCACCUACUGGGUUGAAAUGCACUGCAGAAGUGCAAGAUUUUAUUAUAAAUCUUCUAACAAGUAAUGAAUUAACCUUAUCAGUCCUUUGGGGAAGGCAUUGGAAGGAAGAGGUUCUGAGGAACUGUAGCAAUGUGGUGGGAAGACCAGCAAUUGAUUUCUCACCUCACAGGCAUCAUCUGUUUGUAGCAGUAGCUGGUGAAAACAGACUAAGUGGAAAGUGUACAGCGUUUGUAAUUUUUUUUUAAGGCGGUGGCGGCAACCUGCUUUUUGUAUUUGUGACAGGACAGGUGGAAUCCAGAUUGUGUAUUUAUUUUAUAAUAAACACUUUUUAAGAAAAACAAAAAAAAAAGAAUUCAUAAGCACCAUUUAGUAAAAUGCAGUGUUGCAUUUUUCCAGUUUCUGGUCACUUAAGACAACAAAGUACACAAUGUCAUGUUUGUCAUUCUUUUCAUGGGAUGUAUGUCUGUUACGGUACUUAUUUAUGUACUUGUUGUAUCACUUUGACCUGGUUUGAUAAAUUAAUAAACUCUGAAGUUGAUAAUAAACGCA